AUGUACUUGGCAAUUGCCGUUUAUUCACAAAACUCACAAUCGACACGGGAACAAAACAGGUCGUUCCAACAAAUCCGACCGCAGUUUUCUCCAAAAGCAAAUCGUCGAUUUUCCAGCGAUGAACUUCGGGAAGCCAUUGAUAAUGUUGACAUUUCAUCAGACGCUGUUAAUGACAAAAUCACCGAAAUUGGGGAAAUCGAAUCUGAUACACAUGGAUAUGGCGAGAUUAUUAAACGGUUGGAUCGUGUGGAAGCAUUGCAACUGGCUGCAGCGAAGAGAGAUGCUCAAAUUUUGGUUGCAGUUAAAAAAUUGUGCCUCGCUUACACUAAAUACAACGACGACAACGAUGAGAUCAAAAAAAUGUUACCAAUGAAAAGCCAACCACAACUCGACGAAAUUGAAAUACGACUUACAGCAGAGCCCACACUCGUAGAAAAGUUUAGAGCAUAUCUUCGUGGGUUUAAGACCUCGAAUAAUCCUGUUAACUUCACUUCCAUGCUGAGCGUGCUGAUGAGUGACGAAUUGGUAGACAGUUAUAACUACAAAGGAAUCUUGAAUAAAGCGAAAUUAGAGGGCACCAAAAUCGUCGAUAUCAUACAUGACCUGCACAAGCCGAUGGAUAUUAAAACGUUUGCGAAAUUAAUGCGUGAAACCAUCGACCUGGCAAAAAACCGACACCACAAUGAACAAUAUCGUAAGCGACAAAUGAAAUUGGCACAACAAAUGGACUUGUGAUCCAUACAUUAAAAUCACAUG